CCGCCCUCUUCCUCCCGGCCGACGAGAGCCUGGGAUGCCGCGCCCAGCGCCGGGAGAGGCGGGGCCUGCCAGCCUUCUAGUUCCGACUUCGGCCGCAGCUGGGCUCUGCUGGAGGGCCUGCUAAGAAUUGCAUCCUAGCCGUGAAGUCUUCAGUCUCUCCGACGUAGAGUCCCUUCCAAGCUUCUCAUGAUGAGUCUCCAGUGGGCGGCUGUGGCCACCUUCCUCUAUGCAGAAGUCCUCCUCGUUUUCCUCCUGUGCAUACCCUUUAUCUCAGCAACAAGAUGGCAGAAAAUCUUCAAGUCCCGCUUGGUGAAGAUAGUGUUGGCCUAUGGGAAUACCUUCUUUGUUGUGCUCAUAGUCAUCCUGGUCCUGUUGUUUCUUGAUGCCAUUCGUGAGAUCCGGAAAUAUGACGAUGUGACCGAGAAAGUGAACCUGCAGACCAACCCUGGGGCUGUGGAGCAUUAUCACAUGAAGCUCUUCCGAGCCCAGCGGAACCUCUACAUUGCUGGCUUCUCGCUGCUGAUGUCCUUUCUGCUGAGACGCCUGGUCACCCUCAUCUCCCAGCACGCCACCAUCCUGGCUUCGAACGAAGCCUUCAAGAAGCAGGCAGAAGGAGCUAGCGAUGCGGCCAAGAAGUACAUGGAGGAGAACGACAAGCUAAAGAAGCAACUGCAGCAAGCAGGGGUGAAAAUAACAGAUCUGGACACCAAAGGCGCUGGAGGUGAAGAAGAGAGUAAAGCACUGCAGGGUGAAGUGAAAAAACUGAAGGAUGAGCUGGCCUCCACAAAGAAAGCCCUGGAAAAGGCAGAGAACGAGGCCCUGGCUAUGCGCAAACAGGCCGAAGGACUGACCAAGGAGUAUGACAGACUGAUGCAUGAACACACCAAGCUCCAGGAGGCCUGCGAUGGACCAAGAGACAAGAAAGAAGAAUGAUUCCCCUGCUGAAUAUUGGUGGUUCUGGCCAGUCUCCACCUGGUUGCUGUACACUCAUGUUUCAUGGGGCUGGGGGCAGCCUAGCUGAGCCCCCUCCCCUCACUUUCUGGGCAUGGGUUUGGGUGAUCUGCUCAUCCACCAUUAUUUGCUCCUUCCCCGUCCUGCACCCCCCUUCAGUGAUGUAGCUUUUGAGUGGACUGCUAACUCUCUUUAUCCUUGUGCCCCUGCCCCCCCCCCAAUAAACAGACUGGAUGUGAACUUACCAGAACAAUACUGCUGCUUGACUGUUACUCACAGGUGGAGGCGAGGAGGAAGACGAAGACAAAGUCGUCUCUCUCUGGGGAGGCAAUUGGGGCUGGGCUACCAGGGCCAGAAGCAUUUCAUGGUGGCGAGGGUUGGCUGGGUCUAUUUCAGCAUGUGCUCUAAGGCUGUCCUCCUGUCUUUUAGCUGCACUUGCUCCCCCAGACUCUGGGUAGUUUCACUUACUCCAUCCAAAGCCUGAAGGGAGCAUGAGUGGAGCAUUAUGUGUGGUGCUUAUGUGCUCCUGUUGAUACCAUCUGGCUGUGAUGGGGAAGAUCUCCCCCGUGUCCGUAAUCUCUGUAUUUUUUUUAUAAUAUAUAUUAAGGACAAGGUGUCUGUACAAAGCUUCUCAUUAAAACUCUGGUAGAACAAA